AUGCCUCCACGUCAUGAUUUUAACAUUGUUGGAAAAUUCUUUGAUGAAUAUCGUUACAUUGAAAGACACUCAUAUGUUGUUUUCACACAAUUCAAAGGUGUUCAUGGUUAUGCAACAAGUGGAAGGACAUUCUUGGGAAUCCUCGGAAACACAAAUAUUACUGUACUUUACUUCAACACAUCAGGAAAAAUUAAUUUCUAUACUUAUGAACAAACACCUGUCUCAGUUCAUUUUGCUGUUUAUAACAUGAGUAACACUGUUUGCACAAACUUUAUAACAGCAUCAGGAAAUACCAAUUUCUCUGUUCAAACUGCUUACGGAGAAAAGAACUGUCUCUUCUCUGCUUUCCGCACUGCUGAAAAAGGAAUUGCAAAUAGCAGUGCUAAAACUGAAAGAUUCUCAUAUGGCAUGACAGGAAAAUACGUCGCAAGUGGAAGAUUUGGAAGCUCAUUCUAUUCUGUUCACACAAAUCCAUAUAAUUCAACGGAUAACUGGGUGCAUCAUGUCGUCGAUGUUAGAGAAACAGAUUCUGAAACGUACUUAAUCAACAGCAACUAUUCUCCAUACCAGGCUUAUUAUAUCAGUGAUUCUGCACCUGCCGGAAGAUUAACUUUCACAUCUGGAUUCAACAACACAGGAACAAACUCAAACUGCUCUAGAUAUAACAAUUGCACAAAUUAUAAUUGUUCCAAAUAUAACAAUUGCACAAAUUAUAACUGUUCUAAGUAUAAUAACUGCACAAACAAUAACUGUUCUAAGUAUAACAAUUGUACUAAUUAUAAUUGCUCUAAGUACCAUAAUUGCACAAACAAUAAUGGUUCAAGAUAUGAUAACUGCACGAAGUAUCACAAUUGCACAAGUGGAAAUGGAACAAGACAUCAUAAUUGCACUGAUUACAACAAUAGUAAUUGUACAGAUCCAUUCGCAUGGGCUGAAGACUUUGCUGGAGUACGCAUUCCAAUUUGGAUCUACGGAUUCGCUUCCAUCUUCAGUGUUACGAUCAUUGGAGGUGCAAUUGUGUUGGUUAUUUGCUUGUGCAGAAAGAAGAGGAACAAUCAUGAAAAUGAAACUAAUCUACAAGAUCUCAAUGAACGAAUGCUCAGUAAUGUCCAACAACCAAUUGCAAUGAUGCCGCCACAACCAGUCGCAUACGUCGUUGCAUAUCCACAACCAGUAGUUGGACACGUUGAGCCAUUCAAAGAUCCUUAUGCAGCACCAAAAUAA